AUGCUAAACGGACUGGAUGAAGUUGCAGAUGGCCGGCGUCCUGGUGGCGGUCAUCGAAUUGCUGCUGUGCAUUCUUUCCGUGAUGACGAGUGGUGUUUAGGGAUUCUGUCGGUGAUUGUGAUUGUUUUCGCCAUCGUUCUGAUGCUGUAUGCAAUCAAGAAGGAAAAAGCACGCUGGAUUAUUCCCCAUCUUAGCGCACAGGUGUUCCUAAUCCUUUUCCUCAUCAUCGUUGCCAUCGUGGUCGCAAUUCUUCUACUCUUCGGCGCCUAUCAUGGGAUUCGCAAUCUGCUUGGCGUUUAUGAUUACUAUAUGAGUGACGACUCGACGUUCAUUAUUGGGAUUAUGAUAAUCGUCAUCUACCCGAUAGUUGCACUUUUGGAGGUGUUCUUCCUAAUCAUCGUCUGGAAGCUGUACAAGUAUGACCUGCAUUGUAAUUCUUAUUAA